GGCGACGCGGAAACCGGGCAGCGGCCGCAGCGGCAGGAAAUCGGGGCUGGGUCCCGCCGGCGCGCGACCCUGUCCCCAUCCUGGUCCCCGGCGAGCGACACUCGGUCCUAGCCAUGGAUACAGCAGAGCCGGGUUUUCCCCCAGCUCCCGAGGGCAGGAAGAGGUACAGUGACAUUUUCCGGAGCCUGGACAACCUUGAAAUCUCACUGGGGAACGUGACCCUUGAGAUGCUGGCUGGAGACCCUGCACUCCCAGGAGACUCAGAGCCUAACAAGGCCCCCCCAGCUGCUGUGAACAGUGAAGCCAGCUGUUGGAGCAGCCCCUCCCCAGAGGGUCCUGUACCCCUCACAGGGGAGGAACUGGACUUGCGGCUCAUUCGGACCAAGGGGGGUGUGGAUGCAGCCCUGGAAUAUGCCAAGACCUGGACCCGCUAUGCCAAGGAGCUGCUGGCCUGGACAGAGAAGAGAGCCAGCUAUGAGCUGGAGUUUGCUAAAAGCAUCAUGAAGAUCGCCGAAGCUGGCAAGCUGUCCAUCCACCAGCAGAGCCAGAGCCACAUGCCUCUGCAAUACAUCUAUACCCUGUUUCUGGAGCACGACCUCAACCUGGGAGCCCUGGCCAUGGAGACAGUGGCCCAGCAGAAAAGAGACUACUACCAGCCCCUCGCUGCCAAACGGACUGAGAUUGAGAAGUGGCGGAAGGAGUUCAAGGAGCAGUGGGUGAAGGAGCAGAAGCGGAUGAACGAGGCGGUGCAAGCGCUGCGGCGCGCCCAGCUCCAGUACGUGCAGCGCAGUGAGGACCUGCGGGCUCGCUCCCAGGGGUCCCCUGAGGAUCCGGCCCCCCAGGCCUCGCCUGGACCCAGCAAGCAGCAGGAGCGGCGACGGCGCUCGCGAGAGGAGGCCCAAGCCAAGGCGCACGAAGCAGAGGCUCUGUACCAGGCCUGCGUCCGCGAGGCCAACGCGCGGCAGCAGGACCUGGAGACCGCCAAGCAGCGGAUCGUGUCCCACGUGCGCAAGCUGGUGUUGCAGGGGGACGAAGUGCUGAGACGGGUGACACUGGGCCUGUUCCAGCUAAGAGGGGCGCAGGCAGAGCGUGGCCCCCGUGCCUUCGCCGCCAUGGCCGAGUGCUGCGAGCCCUUUGAGCCUGGCCAGCGCUACCAGGAGUUCGUGCGGGCGGUGCAGCCUGAGCCCCCGCCGCCCCCACCGCCCGCCUUCUCCUUCCAGGAGUUCAUUCCCUCCGCGCACAGCUCCCCUCUGGACACCAGAAAGAAACUCUCCGGGCCCCUACCUCCAAGGCUGGAUGAGAGUUCAGCUGAGCCAGGCACUUGGGAGGACUCAGGCACGAGCUGGCAGGGGACUCCAGGCCCCACUCCAGGCAGUGAUGUCGACAGCAUGGGCGGCGGCAGUGAGUCUCGGUCUGUGGACUCUCCCACUUCCAGCCCAGGCCCUGACACACGGCGGCUGCUGAAAGUUUCAUCCAUAGGCACCGAGUCCUCAGAUGACUUUGAGGAGCGAGAUGCUGACCUGGGAGACGGGCUGGAGAACGGGCUGGGCAGCCCCUUGAGGAAGUGGACGCUGUCCAGCGCCGCUCAGACCCACCGGCUGCGGCGGCUGCGGGGCCCAGCCAAGUGCCGAGAGUGUGAAGCCUUCAUGGUCAGCGGGACCGAGUGUGAGGAGUGCUUUCUGACCUGCCACAAGCGCUGCCUUGAGACUCUGCUGAUCCUCUGUGGACACAAGCGGCUCCCCGCCCGGACACCCCUCUUUGGGGUCGACUUCCUGCAACUGCCCAGGGACUUCCCAGAAGAGGUUCCCUUUGUGGUCACCAGGUGCACGGCCGAGAUAGAACACCGCGCCCUGGGUGUGCAGGGCAUUUACCGGGUCAGCGGCUCCCGGGUCCGGGUGGAGCGGCUGUGCCAGGCUUUUGAGAACGGCCGCGCAUUGGUGGAGCUGUCAGGGAACUCGCCUCACGAUGUCUCGAGUGUCCUCAAGCGAUUUCUCCAGGAGCUCACCGACCCCGUGAUCCCCUUCCACCUCUACGACGCCUUCAUCUCUCUGGCUAAGACCCUGCAUGCAGACCCUGGGGACAACCCCGGGACCCCCAGCCCCAGCCCUGAGGUUAUCUGCUCGCUGAAGACCCUCUUGGUACAGCUGCCUGACUCUAACUACAACACCCUGCGCCACCUGGUGGCCCAUCUGUUCAGGGUGGCUGCACAGUUUGAGGAAAACAAGAUGUCUGCCAACAAUUUGGGCAUUGUGUUUGGGCCAACACUGCUGCGGUCGCCGGAUGGUCCGUGGGCAGCCGGCACCAUCCCUGUCACCUGCCUGCUGGACUCGGGGCACCAGGCCCAGCUUGUGGAAUUCCUCAUUGUGCACUACGAGCAGAUCUUCGGGAUGGAUGAGCUGCCCCUGGCCACUGAGCCCCCGCCCCGAGACUCUAGCCCCCAGCUGCUACCGCCACAUCCUGGCCCAGACCCCCAGCUCCCAGCCCUAGCCUUGGACCCCAACCCAGACCCCAAGCCCCAGAUUGCCCUGGAGAAGCAUGCCGAGGCUACGCCCCCCGAGAUUCCAACUCCACAGGGUGACCAGAGAGUGGAAGAGGCCGAAGACACCAAAGAUGGGGAAGGGGAAGCCUCCAGCCAAGGCCCUGAGGACUUACUCCUGGGGACACAGUCUCGUGGCCACUUCAGCCGCCAGCCAGUGAAGUAUCCCCGGGGGGGCGUGCGGCCUGUCACCCACCAGCUGUCCAGCUUGGCCCUGGUGGCUUCCAAGCUGUGCGAAGAGACCCCAGUCACAUCAGUACCCAGAGGGAGUUUGCGGGGGCGGGGGCCUGGCCCUGCCGCUGCCUCCCGUGAGGGCAGCCCCUUGCGCCGAGCCCCGCUGCCUAAGCAUUUUGAGAUCACCCAGGAGACAGCCCGGCUACUCUCCAAACUGGACAGUGAGGCUGUACCUAAGGCCACCUGCUUCCCAGAGCCCCAGCCCGAGGAAGCCGAGGACCAUCUCUGACCACCCUACCACCCUGACUAAGGAAGAGGCCCAGGGCUGAGAAGAUGGACCCGUGUCUCCCCAGCUCCCCCCACUUGGUGGCCAAACAUUGGGCCAGGAGUUCAAUGUUGGGGGGUUCAGAGAAUUCCUCUAACGAAAGACUACAUGGCUUGAAGGAGGCCUAAAACCUUUGUGGGGGCAGUGUCCCAGCAUCUCCCCCCAGACACAGUUCACUGCCAAGCAGCAGGGCUGCUCAGGCUCAGAGGUCACUCAGAGUCAAUACUCAGGGUCAAUACAGGUCAUGAGAUCCUUGGGGUCCACCUUCGUCUCCUACUCCUGGACAGGGGUGCCUAUUGCUACUUUAGUUGUGGUCACUCCCUCAUCCCUGCCUGCCUCCUUCACUGAUUCCAAGUGACUUGUUCCUGGAGGAGGUGGACGGCCCAGACUACAUCCUGGUGGU